AGCUAACCCUAAUUAACUUAUACAAAUUUGUUAAACUCAAUGGCCGACCAGUUAUCUUGGUGGUUGAUACCACAUAAAUGUUGGUGCAGAGAGAAUGGGGUUUGGAAUCUGAAUUGGGGGGCCUAUAGACAUAUUAUUUUGUACCAUGGACCACUUUUUCUUUUCUCUAUAUAAUAACCCUUUUUGAAGCUCCCUUCAACAAAAUCACUUCUUCAACAAGUGCUUCCAUCUUUUCAACAAUAGUAUUCAACUUCAUCACUCUCUCUUCACACAACAAACAAGAAGUAAGAAAAAGAGUUAUAGUAUUCAAAGAUGAGUGAUAGUGAUUCAAAUAUUAGAGGCUCAAAGAAGAAGGUUUCAUGCAAAAAGCUUGGAGGGUAUCUCAAGGAACAAAAAGGAAGAUUAUACAUUAUUAGAAGAUGUGUUGUUAUGCUUCUUUGUUGGCAUGACUAAAUCUUCAUUGGUUCAAAUAGCUUUAGCUUGUUCAUGUUGAUGAUCAUGAUGUUGAGAAAUUAAGGGCUAUAUGCAUUUUGCUUUUGAUUAUCUUUUCCUUAUGUAAAUAGCAUAGAAAGAAAUGUUUGAGACAAUUUUCCUUCAUAUCAUGCCUCAACAAUUAAUGUAUGUUUUCUAAGUUCAAAUUAAUUAAAGCUUCUUAACAUAAGAGUAUGAUCUUUUUCGGUUUAAGCAGAAGUUCCGAGUUUGAGCUUAAUUCUAAACAUGCAACACAGUUAAAUUCUCUUAAGAGAGAGUUUUAUCGUC